AUGGUGGACAGGUUUAAUCAAGCCUUUUAUGAAUCUACAAUUUUUCUUCGCAUUAGCAUUUUUUCAGCAAGUAUCACGUUGAUCAUAUUUCUAAUCGGAUUUUUCGUACCUUCUUGGAAAUAUCUGGAGUUUACUCAUGACUUCAGUACUUUGGCUGCUAGCGACCCUUCUAGUUUUGAAAACUCUAAUGAUGUGAGCUCAAAUCCAAAUAUAUCGAGCCUAUCAUUCGAGGAUUGGGAGAAGGAAAUGAACUUUUCAUAUCUAGGAGAGAGUGGAUUUACGGAACAUUUACUGCAAACCAUGAACUUAUCCUAUGAAGGUUCUAGUGACGGCUUUUACUCAACAUAUGGUACCCAAAAUUUUUUCACAGCUUAUGUCGUCGUUGGACUUUGGGAAACAAGAGUUUGUACAAAAUUUCUAUCGGAAGAAAAUUGCAUACCUCCAUUUAAAACACAAGGCUUUAACUGGAUUCGUCGGUCCCGAGGGUUUUGUACCCUGGCCCUGGGGAUGUCGGUCCUGACCGUAGCCCUCAUACUGAUGUGCCUUUUCCUUUCCAUCGCUGCUGACAUGUUGCUCACACAUGUGAUGACUCUACUUGCUAGUAUCAUCUCAGUGAGCAGUAUAGUGGUGGGUAUUCUUAUUUUUACCAGCAACCACAUGAAGCUAGACAAACACACGAUGAUGUCCAACAACAACUUCGGCAUGUUUGAAAUGUCCGUCUCCAAGGUUUCCUGGGCUUGUUGGCUCAGUGCCAGCGCAACACCCUCUGCAGCAUUGACUGUUUUGUUCCUGGGACUUAACAUUGUAUUUUUUUGAUUACUCGCGUAAAUAUUUUUGCUGAAUAUAAUAUGGUCGGGAAUUGUAUCCAAAAACUCGCGAUAGAACAACCUAUGUCACUGGAAGGUUAUUAUAACUAUGAUUAGUAUUUGGUAAUAUACAUUAAAUAUAUAUGGACAUGA